GUUGAGGCCGAAUUAAAGCCCGGUGACACGGAACGCUGUGCCGUAAUCGUGUCUCGCGCGUGUCCCGUUUCUUCCGGUAUUUUCUUCUUUCACGGAAAAAACGUGACGAAAAAAAUGGACGCCCUUCGCGAGCAAGUGAUGAUCAAUCAGUUCGUGCUGGCUGCAGGUUGUGCCAGAGAGCAGGCGAAACAGUUGCUGCAGGCAGCACACUGGCAAUUCGAGACUGCCCUCAGUAUUUUCUUCCAAGAGGCUGCGAUACCCCCGUGCGCGCAAGGACCCGGUACACAUUUCGGUCAGAUAACGCCGUGCAACACACCGGCCACGCCGCCAAAUUUCCCCGACGCGCUACUCGCGUUCUCCAAAAUGUCCGCCGGCGACAAAACUCCCUCGGGAAUGUCACCGAGUCAAAACGGGCUGCAUCAGAACUCAAUGCAGAUUGGCACACCGGCGCAGCAUCACGGCGGACGGUGUAGCGUGACCGGGAACGCGCAGCAACAAACGCAGAAUCAACAACAAUUCGGUCUUGGUGAACCGCAGAGAUAAAAAAAACUGGUCACUCGGCGGCCUGUGCGCGAGAUCCCCGAGGUGGUCGUUAUUGCGAUAUGUGCACUUUUAACGGCGUUCGAACGACGAGGAGGCAUGGUUUAACGAAAAAAAAAGUCGACUGAGACUGCUCCCAGGGUAACACGCGCUGUGGUGUGUGACACGACGAACGAUCAUAACCGAGAUUCAAUUCACGCGCUCGUUAUCCCCCCCCCCCCCUAAAAAAUGGACGCAGGAUUUCCUAGACGAUGCGCACCUAGGAGGAAAAAAUAAAAACCCUGAUUUAUUUAGCGCGUGUAGAAGCGAUUUCCGUUAAAACGGUCUAUUAUAUUUGAAUCACGGCGUAUACGUGGAUCUCUAGUAGCUGAUUAUACACACACACAUACACCACACAUAAACACACCAUCCUCGAUUGUUUUGUUAUUCUUUGAUGGUGCGUCGAUAAUGACGAUCGCGAUCGUCGUGCCCUCUAAGAACUCUCGAGACAAUUUUUUCUUCCGUCGGUAAAUAUGUGUAUGCCAGGUGAUUAAGACGCAGAACGAGAGAGGGGAGGUUAUGAAGACUUUAUUAUUAUUCUUCGUUUAUUUUCUUUCCCUCUCUCUCAUACACACAUAUUACACACUCCUCUAAACGCGCUACGGGACGGUAGUUCCUACGAUUAUGAAAGACAGCGAUACUCCUUUAGCGUUUAUGAAAUUAGUAAUGCGUCCAGAGACACGCCGCUUGGAUUGUAAAUGAGUAGCGAGAAGCCUCCUCCACCGUCCCGGGUAUCUUCCUCGUUGUUUCUCGAUCUACAGACUCGCGGCUAGAUAGGAAAUGUAGUUUUGUUUUUUCUCUCGUUUCCGUUGCGGUCCCUGUGUGAACCGCGGAAGUCAAUGAGAAAUUUAACGAUACCACUUCCACCACACCAUAGUACAAAAAAUUGCCGGCACUGGAUAGGCGCUUAGCGAUGAAGAAGGUUAGUUUCGUAUUUUUGUUAAAAAAAAAAAAAAAUAGGUCGAACGAGAGAGAGAAUAUCAUCGUGUACGUAAUAAUUCGAUUCCUGGCCAAGUCAGGGAUCUUAUGAAAAGGUCCGGGGAACGAUCUGACGACACUGGUGUUGUGUCCCUUUCGUGGCCCCGUUCUCUGUCAACGACGAUCGAACCCCCGAUCAAGGGAGGAUCAACACCGAAAUCUGAUCUUAUCAGCGUGUAUUGUUUUGUAACGAGCGUAGGCGUAACGAAAGCGAAGAGUUUGUUCAGAAGCUCUAUAAGAGAGCGAUGAAUAAAUAAAAAAAAAAAAUAAGUAAAGAUACGGGGCUUUAAUUAUAGUGAAUGAGAAACCACCACAAAUUAUAAUUAUGUAAAAAAAAUUGUAAAAAGAAAUUUAUUCAGUACGUAAUUUUGUCCAUUAGGUAUAUAUUUAUGUAAAGUUAUUUGAACGAACGUAUAGAAAAUGAACAACGUACGAACUCACUUCACUGUCAUUCGUAACACACACAUGCACACAAAAACACCCACAGAGAGAUGACUUGCUCAGAUAGUAUCCAGUGUAGGUUAUUUUUUUUCUACAGAGAAAAUAAAGCAGUGGAGCCAUAUUAGCUGAGCUGUUUCACCGUCAAUUGAAUUUACACAAUUACGAAUAGAGAGGAUUUCGUACUGCCUGCCCCCGUUUCACGGUGUACACGAUUUCAUCGUAAAUUUCAUAUUAAUUCGCUGAAAUUCGUGCGCGGCAGCUUAUUGUAAUUCCACCUCCGAGAACAGUAUGUAAUACAUGAAAAAAAAAAAAGAAUGUUUUUUGACAUUCGGUCGUCCCUGUUUAUAAAUACCGGCAAUCGGUAACUCGCAACUGAAGUCUUUUCACGUCUUUUUUCGAUCUGCUUGAAUGACUUUUUUUUUUCCCUCCCCACGAUAGUUUAUUUAAACUCGCACACUGCAUCUACAAUUCUUGAUUAAUUUAAGAACAAUGGAAUGAAAAUGGUCAUUGUUGAUGGAUGGACAGGCUGGCCCGACACGAUAAGGAUUAACUGUGAAGAAAUCUAUCGAAAAAUGUUAAUCACUUCAAUCACACAGUUUGCAAAGUCGUUUGUCCACGAUCAGCGUUACGGUC